CUACUCAACUGUGGUUAAUCUUUUUUUUUUUUUUUGGAGACAGGGUUUCUCUGUGUAGCCUUGGUUGUCCUGAAACUCACUCUGUAGACCAGGCUGGCCGUGGUUAAUCUUGAUACUCAAAAUAGGAGGUGUUUUGUCUGUAUUUCUUGUUAAUAGUUUGGUAAUUGCUUGUGGGUGGAGCCUGAAUACUAUGGGAUUUGUGUUAAAUUUUACAUGAAAAUUUGUUUUUGUAGCAUUUAAUAUUAAAUUUGUGUAAGUUAGCCCAAAGAUUUUGAUCCCAGGAUUCUGUCUAAGCCAUUCAGUAUGCAGUGAGUACUUUAUGACUGCACUGCCCCAUACAGGAGAAGACGUUCUAGAAUGAGAACCCUGUGAAGGAGCAGACCUAGAGCCAGUUCUCAUUUGCCUACUGCUGGAAGACAUAACCAGAAGAGGCAUAAAAACCGGGCCAGCAUCCUUCGCUGCGGACCUUUGAGGCUGUCUGCUGUUCUUUUCACGUUUUUGUCCUCAACUCUUCCUUUCCUUUAUCCAGCCCUUGCCUGGCCUAGGCCUGUUGUGUUAUUCUAGCUUUACUGGGAGACUUAGGAGUUUAUUCUUCUCCUAAAUCACCAGAAGAAAGAAGAUAGUCAAUGAUAAAGUAUCUUUUACACGUUAUGCACAUUUCACAUGGAGACGGGAGGCAAGAAGUCACCUCCCGCACUGGGCGCUCUGGAGCUCGGUGUAGAAACUCAAUAGCUUCCUGUGCAGAUGAACAGCCUCACAUUGGAAACUACAGACUAUUGAAAACAAUCGGCAAGGGGAACUUCGCAAAAGUGAAGUUGGCAAGACACAUCCUCACAGGCAGAGAGGUUGCAAUAAAAAUAAUUGACAAAACUCAGUUGAAUCCAACAAGUCUACAAAAGCUCUUCAGAGAAGUAAGAAUAAUGAAGAUUCUAAAUCACCCAAACAUAGUGAAGUUGUUCGAGGUCAUUGAAACGGAAAAAACACUCUACUUAAUCAUGGAGUAUGCAAGUGGAGGUGAAGUAUUUGACUAUUUGGUUGCACAUGGAAGAAUGAAGGAAAAAGAAGCAAGAGCUAAAUUUAGACAGAUCGUAUCCGCAGUACAGUACUGCCACCAAAAACGGAUUGUUCACAGAGACCUCAAGGCUGAAAAUCUGUUGUUAGAUGCGGAUAUGAACAUUAAAAUAGCAGAUUUUGGUUUUAGCAAUGAAUUUACUGUUGGCAGUAAACUAGACACGUUUUGUGGUAGUCCUCCAUAUGCAGCCCCUGAGCUCUUUCAGGGUAAGAAGUAUGACGGGCCGGAAGUUGACGUGUGGAGUCUCGGCGUCAUUCUGUACACCCUAGUCAGUGGGUCGCUUCCCUUUGAUGGUCAAAACUUGAAGGAGCUGAGAGAGAGAGUCCUCCGAGGGAAGUACAGAAUCCCUUUCUACAUGUCCACGGACUGUGAGAACCUUCUCAAACGCUUUCUGGUGCUGAACCCAGUUAAACGUGGCACUCUUGAGCAAAUCAUGAAGGACAGGUGGAUCAAUGCAGGUCAUGAGGAAGAUGAGCUUAAGCCAUUUGUUGAACCAGAACUAGACAUCUCAGACCAGAAGAGAAUAGAUAUUAUGGUGGGAAUGGGAUAUUCCCAAGAAGAAAUUCAAGAAUCUCUUAGUAAAAUGAAAUACGAUGAAAUCACAGCUACAUACUUGUUACUGGGGAGAAAGUCUGCAGAGCUGGAUGCUAGUGACUCCAGUUCUAGCAGCAACCUUUCACUUGCUAAGGUGCGGCCAAGCAGUGACCUCAGCAAUAGCACUGGCCAGUCUCCUCAUCACAAAGGGCAGAGAAGUGUUUCUUCAAGUCAGAAGCAGAGACGGUACAGUGACCAUGCUGGACCAGCGAUUCCUUCAGCUGUGGCAUAUCCGAAGCGGAGCCAGACUAGCACUGCAGACAGUGACCUCAGAGAAGAUGGAGUUCCCUCCCGGAAAUCAAGCGGCAGUGCUGUGGGAGGGAAGGGGGUUGCUCCUGCCAGUCCCAUGCUUGGGAAUGCAAGCAAUCCCAAUAAAGCGGAUAUUCCAGAGCGCAAGAGAAGCCCUGCUGUCCCCAGUAGUAACACAGCAUCUGGUGGGAUGACACGGCGGAACACUUAUGUUUGCAGUGAGAGAUGUGCAGCAGAUAGACAUUCAGUGAUUCAGAACGGCAAAGAAAACAGCACUAUUCCAGACCAGAGAACUCCAGUUGCUUCUACCCACAGUAUUAGCAGUGCAACCACCCCAGAUCGCAUCCGCUUCCCACGCGGCACAGCCAGCCGUAGCACUUUCCACGGCCAACCUCGGGAGCGGCGAACCGCGACAUACAAUGGCCCACCUGCCUCACCCAGCUUGUCCCAUGAAGCCACACCACUGUCCCAGACUCGAAGCCGAGGUUCUACUAAUCUUUUUAGUAAAUUAACUUCCAAACUCACAAGAAGAAACAUGUCAUUCAGGUUUAUCAAAAGACUUCCAACUGAAUAUGAGAGGAACGGGAGAUAUGAGGGCUCAAGUCGCAAUGUAUCUUCGGAACAAAAGGAUGAAAACAGAGAGGCAAAGCCUCGUUCACUGCGCUUUACCUGGAGCAUGAAAACCACCAGUUCCAUGGAUCCCAGCGACAUGAUGCGGGAGAUCCGCAAAGUACUGGACGCCAAUAACUGCGACUAUGAGCAGAGGGAGCGCUUCCUGCUCUUCUGUGUCCAUGGCGACGGGCACGCAGAGAACCUGGUACAGUGGGAAAUGGAAGUCUGUAAGCUGCCAAGACUGUCUCUGAAUGGAGUCCGGUUUAAGCGGAUAUCAGGGACAUCCAUAGCUUUCAAAAAUAUUGCUUCCAAAAUUGCCAAUGAGCUAAAGCUGUAACCCAGUAAUUAUGGUGUAAAUUAGGUAGCAGCCUAAGGUGUGUGCAGCGCACUGUGGAGAUGUGUAGAGGAAUAUUUAGGCAAUAGCGUCUGCAUCUUUUAAAUCAUGACCUUAAAGUCUGAGGACGAGCGCGCCCAGGAGCGAAGGCUGGCCUUCUCAACGAAUGCACUACAUUAAAGUCUGUGACCUGUG